CUGGGGCGGAGCCCGCGGAGGUUGCUGGCCUUGGAGCCCCUUGUCCCUGUGCUCGGCCUUCUCGCCUCCCUUCCUCGUGGGACUGUUGGGACUCGAAGGCGCCAACGGCCUUUGGCCAUGGCGGCGCACGGGAAGUUGCGGCGGGAGCGGGGGCUGCAACCUGAGUAUGAGGCACAGGUCAAAGCAAUGCGCUGGCAGUUGAGUGAGCAGCUUCACUGCCUGGAGCUUCAGGGAGAGCUGCGGAGGGAUUUGCUGCAGGAGCUAGCUGAGUUCAUGCGGCGCCGGGCAGAGGUAGAGCUGGAGUAUUCUCGGGGCCUGGACAAGUUGGCUGAACGCUUUACUAGCCGCAGUGGUCGCCUUGGGGGCAGCAGCCGGGAGCAGCAAAGCUUCCGGAAGGAGCCCACUCUCCUGUCACCCUUGCACUGUUGGGCUGUGCUGCUGGAACACACUCGGCGGCAGAGUCGGGAAAGUGCUGCUCUCAGUGAGGUGCUGGCUGGGCCCCUGGCACAACGCUUGGGUCACAUCAGCGAGGAUGUCGGACGCAUUGUCAAAAAGAGCAAGGACCUGGUGCAGCAGCUGCAGGAUGAGCUCCUGGAGGUGGUCUCAGAACUCCAUACACAGGGCUACCUUGCCUGGGCCUCCCUGCAGACCAAGAAGAUGUACCAUGUGUACCACUUGGAGAGCAUGAAUGCUGAGACUAAACUUCGGGAAGCUGAGCGGCUAGAGGAGAAGCGGUCAGGCAAGAGUGCUUUACCCACCACCACUGCUACCUCUGCCACCGCUGCCACCGCCACCACCAUUGAGACAGGGCCCCACCGAAAGAGCUCUCUCAAGAAAGGAGGGCGGCUAGUGGAGAAGCGCCAGGCCAAGUACUUGGAGCAUAAACUUAAGUGCACCAAGGCCCGAAAUGAGUACCUGCUCAGCCUGGCCAGCGUCAAUGCCGCCAUCAGCAACUACUACUUACACGAUAUCUUGGACCUCAUGGAUUGCUGUGACACAGGUUUCCACUUGGCCCUGGAGCAGGCCUUCCGGAGCUACACAGCUGCUGAGAGCCGCACCCAAACCUCCCAGAUGCAGGGCUUAGGCAGCCUGGAAGAGGCUCUGGAGGCCUUGGAUCCUUCAGGGGACAAGGCCAAGGUGCUUGAGGUUCAUGCCAUGGCCUUCUGUCCCCCUCAACGUUUUGACUACCAGCCUCAUGAAGAUGAUGAGGUGGCUGAGAUCCAGGUUGAGAUGGAACUUCGGGAUGAGAUUUUGCCCAGAGCCCAAAACAUCCAGAGUCGUCUGGACCAGAAGACCAUUGAGACAGAAGAGGUGAAUAAGACACUGAAGGCAACACUUCAGGCUCUGCUAGAGGUGGUGGCAUCAGAGGAUGGGGAUAUACUGGACUCUUUGCAGGCCAGCCCUUCCACUGAGUCCCUCAAGUCUACAAGCUCGGACCCAGGCACCCGACAGGCAGGCCGCAGACGAAACCAGCAGCAGGAGACAGAAACCUUCUAUAUUACGAAGCUGCAGGAGUAUCUGAGUGGCCGGAGCAUCCUUGCCAAGCUGCAGGCUAAGCAUGAAAAGCUCCAGGAGGCCAUACAACAAGGUAACAAGGAAGAGCAAGAGACAUCUUGGACCCAGUGUACGGAGAGAAAAUUCCACAAGAGCCACCACCCCUGUCCUGGAUCCCAGUAUAACCAGAAACUUUUUGGAGGUGAUUUGGAGAAGUUUAUCCAGAGCUCAGGCACACCUGUGCCCCUUGUGGUGGAGAGCUGUAUUCGCUUCAUUAACCUCAAUGGCCUACAGCAUGAAGGCAUCUUCCGGGUAUCAGGUGCCCAGGCCCGGAUCUCGGAGAUCCGAGAUGCCUUUGAAAGAGGGGAGGACCCUUUGGUGAAAGGCUGUACUGCCCAUGACCUAGACUCAGUGGCUGGGGUACUAAAGCUGUACUUUCGGAGCCUGGAGCCCCCACUCUUUCCCUUGGACAUGUUUAAUGAGCUGCUGGCUUCAGCAGAACUGGAAGUUGUGGGUGAGCGGGUGGAGCCUGUGAACCAUCUGCUAUCCAGACUACCCAGACCUGUGCUAGUGGUCCUACGAUAUCUCUUUACCUUCCUCAACCACCUGGCCCAGUACAGUGAUGAGAACAUGAUGGACUCCUACAACCUGGCUGUAUGUUUUGGGCCCACGCUAUUGCCUGUGCCUGCUGGACAGGACCCUGUAGCCUUGCAGGGCCGAGUGAACCAGCUGGUCCAGACCCUUAUCCUGCAACCAACACGGGUUUUCCCACCCCCAGCCAUGUUGCCAGGCCCCAUCUAUGAGAAGUGCAUGGCACUACCUUCUGCCAGCUGCCUGGGGGAUGGCCAGUUGGAGAGCCUCGUUGGGGAGCCAGAGCUGGAGUUGAAAACUGAGACCACAGCUCAGGAGGAUGGCCCAGAGGGAGUUGUGGAGGCUGUGGCCUGCUUUGCCUACACUGGGCGCACGGCCCAGGAGCUGACGUUCCAGCGAGGGGAUGUGCUGCGAUUGUAUGCUCGGGCAUCAAGUGACUGGUGGCGAGGGGAGCAUGCUGGUGUGCAGGGGCUCAUUCCCCAUAAGUACAUCAAACUUUCUGAGGGGGAUGAGAAGCAGAUGGCUGGUUCAGGACUGCAUGCCAUGGGGGAAUCUGUGAGCCAUCCAGAGAGCUUCCUGACCUUGGAGUUUACCAACCGGCUGGAACUAGGCACCCCACCUGAGGCUUUGGGCCCCUCUGGGCACAGACGACACUGUUUAGUCCCUACCUCCCCUGAGCAACAUGUGGAAAUGGAUAAGGCUGUGACGCAGAACAUGGAUUCUGUGUUUAAGGAGCUCUUGGGGAAGGCCGCUGUCCGCCAGGGCCAUGGGCUAGCAUCUACAACCUCCCCCAGUCUAGGAACUCGAAACCUGAAGCCCCUGGCCUGCAGCAGCUUCAGCAAAAAUAAAGUCUUCUCCCGGGGACCUGGGACUCCAGCUUCCCCUUCAGUCUCCCAUCCCCAGGGUCCAGGUUCAACUCGCAAGCCAGUCUGAGGCAGCUUACCUCCAGCAGCCACAGCAAGCCCACCAUUCCACCUAGGCCUAUUGCCUCACCUCAGCCCUGUUCUAGGUCUCUUGGGAGGUAGCACAGGAAGGAGGCUGGAGACGAGCUCCCCUUGUGCCUUUGCUUGGAAACCUUGGGCUAUGGCUGUGGAAGAUGGAAGUGGCAGUAAUUCAUAAAGACCCAUGUGCUGGUUGCUGUUGUAAUAGCCUGUGUUGUUUUGGGGGGCUGAACAGGUAGGGUGCAGGGCAACUCCCAGAGCCUGCGCUGCUAGAGACCAGAUGCCAAGACAGAAGGUUGACAUGGAGCUGUUUAUUUUCACCUGGGGACCUGCUUCCAAAAAUGCAGUCUUGCUUGAUUAUA